AUGCCGAGCGUACAACAACAGCAAAGUAUUAAUAAGCUGUUAACUAUAUUGGAGAAAUUUCAAGCUAAAGCACCUGGAAGAACUGAUGAUAUAAAACAUCUAAAACAAUUCUUUUCAAGUCCCGAAUUUUUUGGAUUAGCUAAGAUCAAGCAAUCGUUAUUAAAAUAUGAUGAUAAGUGUCUAAGACCGGUUAACCAGAAUGCAAGCGAUAUAUUUCACAAGGUCAAUGAUCAACUGACUGCACAAUCUAGCCCAAUCAUAGACGAACUCUUCAAAAUCCUUAAUGAUCCGCACGUAGAGAAUAUGCUUUCUGCUCAUGAUAUGAUUGCAGCUAAAGAAUACUCUCCGGCGAGGGCACCGCCGGUCGUUGUAGAUAAUACUUCGCCUGGAAGUUCUAUGAAGAAUAUUGAAGUCGCGAAAGGAGAUGAACCGCUGGGUGCAACAAUUAAAGUCGAUGAGAAGAAUAGCUCCAUCAUUGUUGGUAGAGUGAUUAGAGGCAGUAUUGUGGACUCUUCUGGUUUAGUAAAAGUAGGAGAUGAAUUACACGAAAUUAAUGGUCGGUGUGUUGAUGGACUGACGCUAGAUGAGGUCGCUGACAUGGUCGGCAGUCUUCGUGGUAAUGUGAAAAUUAAAUUAUACCCAAGUAGUAACCCGAAUCCCGAAAAAGUCGAGAUACACUUAAAAGCCAACUUUUCAUAUGACUAUAGAGAUGAUAAAGAAAUGCCUUGUUCAGAUCUUAGAAUGAGCUUUCUUAAAGGCGAUAUUUUACGCAUCUUCAGCAAGGACGAUGAUUGGUGGCAGGCUAGCAAAAUCGGCCGCAAUAACAAUGCCAGCCCAGUAGGAUUAAUACCCGGAGAAGAUUUGCAAAAACGGCGCAAAGUUAAAGAAAUAACAAUAGCAGGAAAUGGUAAAGCAAAUAAAAAGAAUAAAAGGAAUAAAAAGAAAAAAGAUAAUGUUAGAGUUUUUGAAGCAAAUCAAGAUCCAGGCCAAAGCAUAGAUGAUAUCAUUACUUACGAAGAAGUUAAAUUGAUAGCUCCAAUAAGAGAUGUAUUAAGACCACUGGUUGUAGUAGGACCACCUAAAGUUGGACGUAAUGAAUUGAAACGUGUUCUGAUUGCCGUCGAUCCUGCGCUUUUCUGUACUGCAAUUCCACAUACUACAAGACCUAAAGAACCUUCAGAAGUUGACGGAAAAGACUAUUAUUUUGUGGAAAGGAGGGUUAUGGAAACGCAAGUUAGACGUAAUAAAUUUGUUGAAUAUGGUGAAUUUAAUGGCCAUUUAUAUGGAGUAAGCAUAGAUUCAAUAAAAAAGGAAGCUGCAUCUGGAAGAGUUUGCAUAGUUGACUUAAGAGGAGAGUCUUUAAAAGCUGCAAGGAUCCCUGAAAUUAAACCAUUUGUCGCCUACAUCAAGCCGCCCCCGAUUGAGAAACUUCGUGAUACUCGCGCUACUGAUAAAUCAAAAGUCGAUGCGAACACUCAAGUAUUCACGGAAGCAGACUUUAGGGAAAUGUUAGAAAUUGGUCAAGAAUAUGAAACACUGUAUGGCCAUAUGUUCGAUGUUGUCAUAGUAAACGAUAAAUUGCAAGAUGCCGUUAGCAUGCUACAAGAAGCAGUUAACAAUAUGAUAAAUAGGCCACAAUGGGUUCCAGCUAGCUGGGUUUCAUCUUAA